UCAGAACUCCAGUGACUGGUUUCGCUCACUUGUUAUUACUAGUACUCCUACUUCUGAAUCAAAAGUCAACUGAGCAGCAUAAUGGCAGAAUUGCACGCACCGGAACGUGGCCCAAUUAACGCCGCCACAACCUCACCGGCGACAACCGCCACAACGACCAUAGUACCAGUUUCGGCCGACAAUAACAACAACACCACCAACAACCUCCGCCCAACUUUAGCUACAAAGCGGCAGCGCCGGCCAAGUGUCCGGCUAGGCGAGAUCGGCGAUCAACCGGCGACUAUCUCCUACGACUCUCACUCUCGUCGACCCAAGCCCUGGAGGUUCCACAAAGACCCUGGUCUAGCCGGUAAAUCCUCCAAGACUCGACCCUUGACCAACCUCGUUAACAAUGGAGGCUCCGAUUACUACGAAACCCUUGAGACCGAGGAGGACAAUCUCGAUUUCGGAAACCGCAAGCCAAAAUCGAAGAUGUCCAAUCGGAGAGUAGUGAGAACGAAUUGGACUGUAUCAUCCAAGAUCGAUUAUAACGGAGCUGAAGGCGACAGUAGAGAAGACAAUAAUAAUAUUAAUAAUAACAUUGAUGAUGAUGAUGAGUUGAGGGAUUUCGAGCCGGAGAGUCCUUUGAAAGAACAGAGUCCCGUUCACUCGAUCGACAAUGUUGGGUUCGAUUCCUCCUGGCACGGCCAUCGGAGGACGGCUAGGGCUAGGGUUUGUCAGACCGAUUCAAUGCCAGACUCUGAUUCUCGGGGGUAUCGGAAAUGCGGGGGGACGAGUAGAGAUGGGGUCAGGAAUUGGCUUAUUGGAUUGGGUCUAGGCCGUUACGCCCCUGUUUUCGAGAUACAUGAGGUUGAUGAUCAAGUUUUGCCCAUGUUGACAUUGGAGGACCUCAAGGAUAUGGGGAUUAAUGCCGUUGGUUCCAGGAGGAAAAUUCACUCUGCAAUUCAAAAGCUUGGCAAGGGCUUUUCCUGAGUUUUCCCCACAAACUUACAAUGCUUCUACUACUACUUUUUUUUGUCUUCUUCAAUCUUCUAUAGUUAUUGCUAUUUUUGGAUUUGGAUUUGGAUUUGGAAUUGAAUUUUUGUUUUAAUUAUCUUUCCUUUUGCUCUCACACUUUCUUAAUUCUACUUGUUUGUGACAUUAACAUAGAAGAAUUAACGCAUCUAGAUUGAGUGAGACACACUUUGUGGAAUUAAUGCUUCGUAUAUUCAAAACAUUAAUAAAAUUCGACCUUAGUCAAUUUUCCAUUA